AUGCCAAAGAAGUCUAUUGAAGAAUGGGGAAAAGACGCCAUUGAAUCUGCCCCAUAUUUGGCAAGUGACGAAAAGGGUUCUAAUUAUAGAGACGCCUCCAAUCCAUCAUUGAUUUCAGAGCAGGAGUUACAGAAACAACCGAAUGUGAAACCUUGGGUACAUUUUUUUGCGGGUGGUGUUGGUGGUAUGGCAGGUGCCAUAGUUACAUGUCCAUUUGAUUUAGUUAAGACACGUCUACAGAGUGAUGUAUUUAAAAAAUCAUAUAAAUCACGAGUUGGGGGGUCAGUUCUGAGGUCAAACUUCAAAAUUGUUAAUUUUACAACUGAAUCCAUGAUGCACUUUAGAGAAACUUUUGGAAUUAUCGGGAAUAUUUAUAGACAGGAAGGGUUUAAAAGUUUAUUUAAAGGUCUUGGACCUAAUUUAGUUGGUGUCAUUCCUGCAAGAAGCAUCAAUUUCUUUACCUACGGUACAACAAAAGAUAUUUAUUCUCGUGCAUUUAACAACAAUCAAGAAGCUCCAUGGAUUCAUUUAAUGGCGGCAGCAACUGCUGGUUGGGCAACCUCCACGGCAACAAACCCAAUAUGGUUGAUAAAAACCCGUUUACAAUUAGAUAAAGCAGGAACGACAAGAAAAUACAAAAAUUCUUUAGAUUGUCUAAAAUCUGUCCUUCGUAACGAAGGUGUCAUAGGGUUGUAUAAGGGUUUAACAGCAUCUUAUCUUGGUUCCAUUGAAGGUAUCUUACAAUGGAUACUAUAUGAACAGUUAAAGUCAGUUAUCAAAAGGAGAUCAAUUGAUAAAUUUGGCCAUGCUGAUGAUAGAAUGAAAACUCGAUCUGAUAAAAUUAAAGAAUGGUGUCAAAGAUCCGGAGGUGCUGGUCUUGCAAAAUUUGUAGCAAGUAUCAUAACGUAUCCUCAUGAAGUUGUAAGAACCCGUUUGAGACAAAUGCCUACUGAAGGUCAAAAACCAAAAUAUACGGGUUUAAUGCAGACCUUCAGAGUAAUUAUCAAAGAAGAAGGUUUGAUUUCUAUGUACAGUGGGCUAACCCCCCAUUUAAUGAGAACCGUUCCAAAUAGUAUAAUUAUGUUUGGAACGUGGGAGCUUGUUAUAAAACUAUUAUCAUAA